AUGAAUUACUUUUUCCUCAGACCUAGAAAAUUUAUUACCAAAGAUGCUGUAAAGUACCUAGCAAACCUCUGUGAUGGAGAUGCGCGUUCAUCACUGAACACUCUUCAGAAUGCUAUCGAAUCAAGACUGGCCUUUUACAAGGCAGCAAGGCAUGGCAAUUAUGGGAAAGAAUCCAGGCAAAUGCUUGCUGAGAAAACGGCUGUCUCUCAAAAAAAGAGAAAAUCAGAUGUGGCAGGAGAGAAUGAAAUGGCAGGUGAGAAAACGCCAGAUAUGGGAGAGGAAUAUGUAGUUGUGGAUGUGGAGCACGUAAAGGAAGGAUUGCAAAGGUCGCAUAUUAAUUAUGACAGAGCAGGUGAUGAACACUAUCAUUGUGCCUCUGCCCUACAGAAAUCAAUAAGAGGCUCAGACCCAAAUGGUGCUCUCUACUGGCUGGCAAGAAUGACGCUGGGAGGGGAGGAUCCACUCUUUAUUGCAAGGAGGCUGGUAGUGUGUGCCAGCGAAGACAUCGGUCUUGCAGAUCCACAGGCACUGCCACUUGCAGUUGCAACAUACCAAGCUUGCCAUUUCAUUGGAAGACCUGAAUGUGAGAUCAACCUCUGCCACUGUACUGUAUACCUGGCCAAAGCUCCCAAGUCAAACGAGGCAUAUGCCGCUUACGCCAAAGCUAAACAAUCCAUACAAAACCAUCAGGGGCCAUUACCAGGUGUGCCGCUGCAUCUGAGGAAUGCUUCUACAAAAUUGAUGAAAGAUUUAGGAUAUGGCAAAGGAUACCUGUACAGCCACAACCAGGAUAGUAGCCGUCAAACUUACCUACCAGAGGGCUUGGAAGGUGCUAACUUUUUUGAGAAGAAACAUGUGAAAUAAGAGAAUGACUUGCAUUAAAUGGUGCAUACUGUGUGUAACAGUGGAUGCACAAUUGCAUUGGCUGUACUGACAAUCAUUUACAACAUAGAGAUAUAUGAUGUUCAAACGACCAUAAUGCUUAUAGUUCUCCAAUGCAAUGGCAGACGGGAACUGAAGGACUCCUGAAGCUUAAAAAGGCCAUGUUACUGUUUGUGUCAGGUUAAGUUUUUAUUUAUGGUAAUGAAAAAACAAAAGAGAGACACCAUAGUUUUGGGGAACUCUGUACUAAUUGUAAUUGUGCCUACCAGUAUCUAUGAGUGAAUCUGAGUAGAAUUGGCAUCUAAUUUGUCAACUCAAAUAAAAAAAAAAAAUAGAAUGAAUCCAAUUUGAACUUCAUGUCAUCUCCAGUAGAUCAUCAUCAUUUCAAUUACUGUUACAUUUAUUUUCUUCCAAGAGCCUCGUUUCAUGUCUUUCAGAUAAAUAAUUAAUACAGUAUAGACAUUGACUGUAUGCUUUAACUUUUCGGAGACAUGUACAUUAAAUUUUGUAGAUAUACAUGUUUUUGAAAACAUGUUAGAGGAUGUAUCUGUGGAGGUUUCAGAAAUAAAAACAGUUGGUUCAUAA